ACGCUUAAACAAAUGAACAAAAUGCGUUUGCCGGUGUGUGUGUAAAUCCAGAAGAAGAAAAGUCAUGUGUAGUAACAACAUGAUGAUUGUAAUAUUUGUGUUACUAACGGCUUGUGUCAGUAUGUCAUGGCAAUACUCUCUCAACAAGUUGAACAACUUCGACGCACAAGUCAAAAGUACACACGACUCGAGUUACCCGUCGUCAAUCUUCAAGUAUCCUAUUUGCUUAACCGAUAGUGAUUGCCUGUUUCCGUGGGGAAAAUGCGUUGCGCCAAUCUGUAUGCGCAUGUGCAAGAAAACACGUCCAUGUUCAGAGCAUGAAUUUUGCUACCCAAAGUUAGGGGUUUGUAUUCCAAAGUUAAUCCGCAGAAGAUACACUAGCAAGUGUGACCAGGAAAGUCAUUGUUUACUUAACGAAAUUUGUGAUCGUGGUCAGUGUGUUAGCAAAAAAGAUAAAGUACCGUGUGAGUUUCGCGGUCAAUGCAAGGCAAAUGAGAUAUGUGUUUCUGGGUACUGCGUAAAGUUUUUCUGCACUGGAAAAGCAUGUUUUAAUGUGGACAAUAUGUGCAUAGUGGAUUCGGAUUGUAAUGGCACCGAUGUAUGUAUGAAGGGAAAAUGUUUAGACCCAUUUCCCAUUACCUGCAAGUUGUCGACAGAUUGUGAAUCUCAUGAAACAUGCAUCUUUGGAUUUUGCAAGAAGAUUCAAUGUGAAAAAAAGUCAGAUUGUGCAGAGGAAGAAGAGUGUCUCCAUCGCAGAUGCAUAUCCUUGCAAAAAAUUAUUUUGACAAAACUUUGUGAGACUAACAAUCAUUGUUUUGAAGGGGAAGAGUGUAAAAGUCAGAAAUGUGUAGCGAUGGAGCUGGUAAAUAGGAAACAGAAGACAAUUCUAUUCACAACAACUAAUCCAGUGUCGUUAGCCAAUCAAAAAACGGUAAAGAAAGCUUCCACCAAUCCCACACAAGCAUUGACAAAUAACAAGGAAAUAUUGCCUAAAAAUUUUCUAUGUGACUGCGAAAAAGAGGAAAACUGUGUUAUAAGUGACUGUUUUACAAAACAAAAAAAUGGAGGAACAAGCAAAACGGCAACGCGUGCGAGUAGUGUCAACUUAAAAGCUAUUAUCAAAGAAUUAUUAAAAGAAGAGGAAAACAAGUUAUUAUUUGAAAUCUCGAAUCGUAAGCAGUUGACAGAAAAUAAGGAAGUAAAAGUGUUUCAACGCAGACUAGAAGAGACAGACGAAAGAAGAAAUAAGAAUCUAAAGAGUAAAUUUAACGUAGGAAUUAAAAACUUUUUGCCAUCUGCUGUUUCUUUUCUAAAAGAGAGCAGUACCAUCAACGACAAUCUAAGAAAAAAUACCAACACUAUCAAAAAUGACGUCGUUACGACGGACAAAAGCAUCGAACAAAUUGUUGAAUACGGCGAAAACUGUAUCAACGACGGUGACUGCUCUAAUGAAAAAUGUUGUGUUUUAGGAGUGUGCGUGAAGACUGAUGACUGUUUAAUACAUCAACACGACAAACAUACUAUUGCUGAAGUAAAAGACACUCUGGCAUGUCUGGACAACUCGCAGUGCUCUGGAGAUGAAGUAAUUUGCCAUUUAGGAUAUUGCAAGCCCGACACACAUGAACUAAAACAAAAGGAAAUUCACAGUACUUGUUCUAGCGAGAAUCCGUGUAAGCGGCCUCAUCAAGCUUGUUUGCUUGGCGCAUGCGUUGACGCUUUUAAAAUUAAUGAUUUUGUACCGUGCACUUAUAAUGGCACUCGUUGUGAAGAUAAAAAUCGAAUUUGUGUGAUGAGAGCUUGUAUAUUUGCAACUUAAAUAUCGGAAAUAUAUGUAAAUUUCCAUAUGUAAAAUUACCAUCUCGAGAUAUUGCCGUUUUUAUGAUCACAAAUCAGUCGAUCCUUACAUAUCAUUUUAAAUCUUGGAAAAAGAAUAAAUUAAUGUUACAACUCAUUAAAUAUAA